CUUCCUUUGAGUACUCGGCGCAAACAUGGUAGGUCCAAGCGAUUUCCUUUGAGUUUUCUUUUAUUAUUUUGAACAUCAUCGAGUGAAUUUGUCUAGUUUUUGCACAGUUUAAUCGGGAAACUGCGCUGUAUAUAAUUUCGUACAUAUUUUGUGAUACUUUUGAGUUUUUAGUUAUAAAAACUUCAUUAUGACGAAGGGUACAUCAAGUUUUGGUAAACGCCGUAAUAAGACACACACUUUGUGCAGAAGGUGUGGAAGGUCUUCGUACCACAUCCAAAAGUCACAGUGUGCACAAUGUGGAUAUCCCGCUGCUAAAAUGCGCUCCUACAACUGGUCAGUUAAGGCUAAGAGGAGGAAGACCACCGGAACUGGUCGUCUUCGUCACAUCAAAAUCGUUCGCAGACGUUUCCGUAACGGAUUCCGUGAGGGAGGUAAAGCUGUUAAGAAGACCCAAACUAAAUAAUUUUAUUGUUUGUAACAAGUAAAUUUAGUAAAAAACAACAAA